CGGAUCUAGACUCUUUUUUGUGCUGGAAUUUUACAUAGAUAUUCACGCCGACCUCAAACCCCCACUAUUAUUGGCACUCCCUAUCGCCUGUAACACUUCGGUGGCAGUCCCCCCUCUGCCUACUACCCCGCAAUCGACCGAAACGCGGGGGAGGGUCAGUGUUCGGGGCUUGACAGCUGCGUAAGCGUAAACUAUGAUCCGGGGUUUUCCAUGAAGCGUUGACUCUGCCACAUGCACGGGGCUGGUGCCCAGGCCCUUGAUGGUGGCAGUCUUGGUUGUAAUGUUGGUGUCGCUUGGGGACUUGAGAGACGUCUUGGACACGCAGAGAAACCAUUUAAAGCAGAGGUGGAUGGCAUCACAACGAGGGCUCUCUUCAUCUCGACCAUCGAGCUUGAAACUACCGCACUCUGUUUGGACUUCUGCUCUCUUUUCAUAGCUCCUUGCCAGGAGCGGGUCAAACGAGUAAAGUUGAUCAUCAAUCUGCCUCAUUAUCUCAGCCUCCCAAUUCAAUCACAGUCGGCAGGGCUUACCACAAAAUACUUGUCAACAUGCAGGACAUCAAAGGCCCAACCAUCGAGCAGAUCGAGUCUUGUACACCAGCCGCAACGGACACGGCGGCAAAGAAUCUAGAUGGCACCGUCCAGUUGGUCAGCGACCAAGGUGUCAUCUUGAUACCAACUCCGAGUUCUGAUCCUAGGGACCCUCUCAAUAUUCCAUUGUGGCAGAAGCUGGUCAUCCUAGCCACAACAUGCACCUAUUCAACAAUGGGUCUCACUGCUGUUUCCGGUCUUGGGGGUAUCUUGGGAGAGUUCAUUCCAACCUAUGCAGCUCAAGGGAAGACAUACGCAGAUAUAAGCAACCUGAUGACCUUCCCAUCUCUUUUCAUGGGUAUCGGUAACAUGAUCUCCAUGCCUCUUGCUCUAGCAAUUGGUCGACGUCCAGUCUUUCUAGGGUCUUGUGUGCUGCAGGUUGUCUCACUGGUCCUCUGCGCUACCAAUCAAGGAUACACAUGGCACUUCGCGGCUCGAUGUAUUCUUGGCUUGGCUGCUGGUCAGAGUGAAGCUCUUUGUCCUUUGAUGAUCUCGGAGGUGUUCUUCCUGCACGAACGUGCCAGAUACCAACAGCUCUUCUCCUCUAUCCAGACCAUCAUUAGUGGUACACUCAUCAUUCUCACAAGUUACAUCGCUACCACAGUUGGGUGGAGAGCAUGGUACUAUCUUUUUGCUGGCUUCAGCGGCUUGGUCCUUUUCGCAGCCACAUUUUUCGUCCCGGAGACGAAAUACAUCCGAUCGCUUGCAGCAUAUGAAGGAAUGGGUGCCCAUCCAGAUAUUUCCGAGUCGAGUAUUGCGAGAUCCGACGUUGAGAACCCAAAACAAGUCCAGCAUUUCAAAACGGUCCACGAUGAGCGAGUCCUCGACACCGUGAACUACCUGCCACGAACACGUGCAUCGGAUAUGAGACUGUUUGUCAACAAAGCAGACUGGAGCGAGGCAAUCUCUUGCAUCAAGCACCAAUGCCAAUUGUUCUUCUUCCCUGACGUGUUCUGGGUAUUUAGUAUGAACGGUGUAUUCCUGGGCGUGAACAUCGCUAUGGGACUUACCUACGGCAACAUCCUUGGGGAGGCUUAUCACUGGGCUAGCAAAUACAUCAGUGUUGCAAUGGCAGGACAGAUCAUUGUUGCAUUCGUCUGCAUUCCAAUGUUAGGCUACGGCUCUGACUUCAUCGUCAAGUUCAUGGCUCGCCGUAAAGGUGGUAUUCAUGAGCCGGAACAUCGACUUCUGACACUUAUCCUUCCACUUAUCCUUGGUAUAAUGUUUUCUGUAAUUUAUGGCCAAGCUGCUGCAUUCCCGGAGAAGUAUCAUUGGAUGGCAAUCGUUAUUACACUGAAUGGCUAUUUCUUCACCUUCAUUGAGCCAAUAUAGCUGGCAUUACCUACUGUCUAGACGCGUACCCAACACGUGGUGCUUCCUGUCUCGUUAUGAUCUGCGCAAUGCGCGGGGUGAUCAGCUUCGCUCUUAGCUAUGGUACUGUCUCUUUGUACUCAAAGCACGGUUAUGAUGGCGCAUUUGGACUUUUUGGUGGUAUUACUGCUGUAUUUGGAGUUCUUGGUAUUGCUGUCUAUUUUACUGGGAAGCGUAUCAGACACUUGGUUAGUCCUUGGACCCAGGUUGAAGAUACUACCAAAGCAGCUAUGGGGUAGAGUAGCCGUUUGGGGAUACGCACAUGGCUGGACGGAGAAACUGAGCUUGAUUGGGUAGAUCUAUGACUAUUCUAGAAGUGGACGGCGGAGAUGAGACGAUGUUCGCAAUGCUGGAAUGGAUUAUCAGAGUACUGUAGCUUGAGUCUAGCCCCAAUACGCUGUCUUUGAAUGUAUUGCGAUCGAUUACUACUGCUUUACACUCCAGAAUAAAUGCACAUGAGAC